AUGAAGAAAACGACAAAAAAUCUAAUCAGAGAAGCGAAACGAAUGGGUUUAGCGAUCAACCAAGAGAAAACGAAGUUUAUGAAGAUGGAAACAAAACAAACCCCAGCAAAACCACUGAAAGUAACUACAGAAGAAGGAACAACAUACGAAUUCGAAGAAGUAAAUAGGUUCAAAUAUCUAGGAGUAGUAAUUACAAACAAAAACGAAAUGAACGAAGAGAUAGAAGAACGGAUCGCGAAAGCAAACAAGAGUGUAGGAAGAUUAAACAGAUUUCUGAGGAGUAAGAAUGUAACACGACGAACAAAGAAACAAGUAUAUAAGACAAUAGUAAGACCUACAGUCCUGUACGCUAGUGAAACAUGGACGCUAACGAACGAAAAGGAACAGAAGUUGGAAGUAUGGGAACGCAAGAUACUACGAAAGAUAUAUGGAGGUAUAAAAGAACUAGACCAAUGGAGAAGAAGAACAAACCGAGAGAUCGAGGAAAUAUACGGAGAACCAACAAUCACGAAGAUAAUCAGAGCACAGAGACUAAGAUGGCUAGGCCACGUCGGAAGAGCACCAGAGGAAAGGACAAUUGGGAAAGUAUUAGACCGCCUAAAAGGAGGAAAGAAAAAGAGAGGAAGGCCAAAACUGAAGUGGAUAGACGAUGUUCGAAAAGAUCUUCAAAACUUAGGCAUUGAAAAAAGCCCAGGGCCUUUAAGGCCUGCAGAGCUGAAUUAUAUAUUAUAUAUAGCUUGUAGAGAAUCUAAAGAUUCUAAAGAUUUUAAAGAUUCCAGGAAGUAA